AUGGCUCCCUCAAUUGACUAUUUGCUUUCAAUCCAAUCCGUGCGAGAGACCAACUCUUGCACCAAAAAGCUUUUGCUGGAGAACCAGCUUGUGAAUUUCGACGUGGAUUUAUCCAAACUUCCGGAUGCAGUGGAUUUCGUGAUAUCUACAAUCAGAGACUCGUUCCCUACGGACGAGUCCCUACUGACUAUUCCAGUUCAUGGAAGGUACCAGCACUUUGAAUGUGGAGGAGAAAAGCGACUCACAGAGUUUAUUCAAAAGCAGCUGAGAGGCCAAAGUGACUACGAAAUAUGUAAAAAGCUAAUUGAUCUGUUCAUUGUUAGUGUUCUUCUCGAUGCUGGUGCUGGCAACCAAUGGAAAUACAAUGAACACGGCAUUUUGAUUGGCAGGUCUGAGGGAAUUGCUGUUGCCACUUUGCACAUGUUUAUCGACGGAGUGUUCAGUGACGGCGACAGUUACGUUGUGAAUGGAUCGAAACUAGCCUGCUUAACGGCAGAAGAGCUCUCAAAAGGCCUCCAGGUGUCGGAGGCCAAUCCGAUUGCAGGAUUUGAAGGAAGACUGAAGCUUCUUAACCAACUGGGGAAAACUCUGGUGCAAAAUCGCACUAUAUUUGGAGCUGACGCCAGACCAGGAAACUUAGUUGACUAUCUGAAGCAAUCGUCAAAGGACGGUUCCCUUGACCUUCCCGACUUGUGGGACUGUUUGAUGGAAGGUCUCAUGCCAAUAUGGCCAACGGAUGGACGCAUCAAGUUGGACGGAAAAUGCAUUGGAGACGCAUGGUAUCUUAAAAAUAAAAUCAAGGAAGCAGAGAAAGAGUACGGUUCAAAUGCUCCAGAGUCAGCAAAAAUAGUCACUUUCCACAAACUUACUCAAUGGCUGACAUACUCGCUGUUUCUCCCGUUGGAGAAGUAUGGACAUUUCUCCAUUAAAAAUGCUCAUUACAUGACGGGCCUCCCAGAAUACCGUAAUGGAGGAUUGUUUGUUGAUUUUGGAGUUUUGAACAUUAAGACAGAAAGACUAAAACAAGGCAUCAAGUUCUCGAUCGAAAAGAAAUUGGACUCAAAUAUUCCUCUAUAUACACCAGAUGACGAUUUGAUUGUUGAAUGGCGAUCAUGCACCGUCUGCCUACUAGACUAUAUUCUUCCGCUUGUGAAUGAGAAACUGGGGGUUACAGGCUCUAAGUAUGAGCUGUCUCUUCCGCAGCUUAUUGAGGCCGGGUCGUGGAAAUCUGGCAGACUUAUUGCCUCAAAACUGCGAAGCAACGGAGGGCCACCGAUAGAGUUGUUUGCCGACGGCACUGUGUUUUAG